CUGAUCUCCCGUCUGGCAAUACAUCUCUCGGAAGUCAGGUACUUUAUACAUCCUUGUUUACCGGACUACUACAGUCUGAGAUACCUCCAUCACCGCCAUCUCCCCUCUGUGACGUGUGUUCAUCUGCUGUGAACACACAUCCACUUCAAACGACCGGCUUAUGUUUGGACCGCUAUACGAUUACCCACUGCAGGCACUCGCAGACAUGUCCGCCUCAAGCGGCACUGCUUGGAGGCUACAGACACAGCGCGUGGUGAUCAUAGGCGCUGGUAUUGUUGGCACAAAUGUCGCAGAUGAGCUAGUCUCUGCAGGCUGGAAUGAUAUCACAGUUGUUGAACAAGGACCAUUGGGUAUGCCAGGCGGUUCUACCUCACAUGCUCCAGGCCUGGUGUUUCAAACGAAUUCUUCAAAGACGAUGACACACCUUGCGAAAUACACCAGGGACAAGCUCUCGUCUCUAGAGAAGGAUGGGCAGAGUUGCUUCAAUCCAGUAGGUGGAUUGGAGGUGGCGACGACCCCGGCACGUGUGGAGGAACUCAAGCGCAAACAUGGCCUAGCAGCGUCUUGGGGCAUCGAUGCACGUCUCAUCAGUCCGGCAGAGUGCUUGGAGCGAUAUCCACUCCUUGACAGAGGCAAAGUGCUGGGUGGGUUGUACAUUCCUAGUGAUGGAUUAGCCUUGGCAGCACGAGCCGUACAACUCUUGAUUGAGCGAACGCGAAAGGCGGGAGUUCGCUAUCUUGACUUGACACCGGUGACGGGAAUCGAACGCGAAGAUGGGCGUGUCACAGGUGUCGAGACGACGAGAGGGGUGAUUCCAGCCGAUAUCAUCGUGUCCUGUGCCGGCUUCUGGGGAGUUGAGAUUGGAGCUAUGGUGGAUCUUCCAAUACCACUGCUCCCUCUCGCUCACCAGUACGCAAAGACAACUCCAUUGCCAUCGCUGAAAAGACGCAACAACCCGCCGAAUUGGGCAUCUCUGCCUAUAUUGCGCCACCAGGAUCAUGAUCUCUACUAUCGUGAACAUGGGGACCAAUAUGGAAUUGGCUACUACGGACACAAGCCAAUGCCAGUUGUGGCGGCAUCGCUUGGAAUCACGCCCAUGCAAGUGAACGAGAAGAACAUGCCAUCUCGCCUUCAAUUCACGCCCGAAGACUUUGCGCCAGCAUGGAAAGAGUCUCAAGAGUUACUACCAGCAAUGCGAGAAGGUCAGAUCGAGGACGGCUUCAACGGAAUUUUCUCCUUCACGCCCGACGGAGGCCCUAUCUUUGGACAACAUCCAACACUCGAUGGGUUCUGGGUAGCUGAGGCAGUAUGGGUCACACACUCUGCUGGUGUAGCUCGCGCGAUCGCGCAAACGCUUACUACAGGACAUUCUGAGAUUGAUAUGGCAGAAUGCGAGAUUUCUCGCUUCGAGGAUGUGCAGACAGCACCCGAGUACGUUAAAGAGACGUCGAUGCAGAACUUCGUGGAGGUAUAUGAUAUUCUGCAUCCUGCCGACCCGAAAGAAUCGCCACGGAACCUGCGAGUGACGCCUUUCUACUCACGACAGAAAGAGCUUGGUGCAUACUUUCUCGAGCAGCGCGGCUGGGAACGUCCUCAUUGGUACGAAGCGAAUGCGGCGCUUGUCGACCAACUGCCUUCCCAGUGGCGACCGGUCGAUCGUGAUGUCUGGUCAAAUAAGCACUACUCUCCCAUUGCGGCUGCUGAAGCGUGGAAAACCAGGACAGCUGUGGCGAUGUUUGACAUGACACCUCUGCAUCGACUGGAGGUCUCUGGACCCGGGGCCGUUGAACUCCUCCAACGGCUGAGCACAGGUGACAUGUCCAAGAGGGCUGGUUCUGUCACGUACGCGAUGCUUUUGAACGAACAAGGCACGAUUCGAAGCGAUAUCAUUGCUUCUCGUAUCGAAGACAACCUGUUCCAGGUCGGUGUCACCAGUCAUACGCACUUUGAUUACCUUAGUCGCGAGGCCCGCUGGCAAAGUCAGCACUCUCCCAGCCUUAGUAGAUGGGUGCAGGUGCGUGACGUGACAGGUGGUACCUGCUGCGUUGGUCUAUGGGGUCCUCGUGCGCGCGACGUCGUCAGCUCGGUCAGCAAGGACGACUUCAGUGAAAGUGGCUUUGGGUACCACGAAGUGAAGAAAGUGCAUAUCAACGGCAUUCCAGUGACAGCGAUCCGCCUGACGCAUGUUGGCGAGUUGGGCUGGGAGCUUGUCACCAGCGCUGAGAACGGGCAGCGGCUCUGGGAUACUCUUUUCACGGCAGGCCAGCCACAUGGUAUCGCGGCAGCAGGACGCAUCGCGCUCAAUGCGUUGCGAAUGGAGGCGGGCUAUCGAGACUGGGGAUCAGACAUGACGACUGAGCAUGAUCCAUACGAGGCAGGAGUUGCUACGACCAUUGACGCACGAAAGUCCGGCUAUGUUGGACAUGGGGCGCUCAGAAGCAGAUAUCGACCGUCUCGAAAGCUGCGAUCUCUCGUGAUUAACGACGGCCGUUCUGUGGUGCUGGGCAAAGAGCCUGUCUUUGUUGCAGGCCAGGCACGGGGCUAUGUCAGCAGUGCUGCCUUUGGCUAUAGCAUCGGCAAACCCAUUGCCUACGCCUGGCUCCCCAGUGGCAUCAUGGAGGGCGAAGUUGUUGAAAUUGAGUACUUCAGCAGGCGUAUCCGGGCUACUGUCACAGCAGACCCGCUCCUGAGACUCGCGGCGACGAAGGCUCCGUCCGAGCACGCAAGGAGCGGGAGACAAGAUCCUUGGGGAGGGGUGCAAAUGACAGCUAGGGCCAAGUUGUGAUGGGUAGGUACAGUGGUCGACAUCGAAGGCCUAUGCACACGAAUCUCAUGAAAUGACGAAGCAUGACUGGCGUUGGGGCACUUGGGGGCUACUGGCGGUAGAUGCCUAGAUGGUAAUUCUCGUGAGCGUCAUCACCGUAGAAGUACCUUGCUGCGCACUCUGAACUCGGCAACAAUGGCAAUUCGCUUCAUCUUACUCAUAUAUUGCUGCCAAA